GGGAAAGUAUCGACGUUUAUGCUUGUCAAUCAGCAAGAGCCGUGGGGAGUGAAACUGGAGGGAAGGUCGACGAUCGGGGAAGAUUUCCACUUCCAAAAGCACUUCAGUGCUAAUGCGACCAUAAUGUCUUGGAAAAACAAGGAAAAACUGUACAUAUUUUCAAGGAAACUGUUUUGUUUUACUUUGAAAUAAGGUAAUCAAGCAGAGCUUUCACUGCGCCGAACUUGGCGAGUAUCAGUCGCUGCCUCGUUGCAUAUCAGCUCGGAAAAAACGAAAACAGCGUUUUAUUUACACGGACAAAGUGUGUAAACUAAAAGGGGACUCAACUACAGACGGAUAUAUUUGUGUUUAAACAAACUGUGCUUGAUAUAUUCCCUUCGGCAGAGGAGAGGACUUCAUCCAGAAGAGUUUCCGAAAGCCGCGUCGCUGUCGGGAAGCUCUUCCCGUGUGGACGUGCUGGAAACCAGGAGUGACGGUUGAAACACGGAAUUUAAAACUCGUGCUUUCCUCAAAGCCUUUAAGAAAAUGAGCGGAGGAGAUGUGGUGUACUCGGGGUGGCUCCGAAAGUCUCCACCUGAAAAAAAGUUACGGCGUUAUGCAUGGAAGAAGCGAUGGUUUGUUCUGCGCAGUGGGAGGCUGUCUGGAGACCCAGACGUGCUGGAGUAUUACAAGAAUGACCAUGCCAAGAAGCCCAUCCGCGUUAUCGAUCUGAACCUGUGCGAGCAGGUGGACGCCGGUCUCACCUUCAACAAGAAGGACCUGGAGCACAGCUUCAUCUUUGACAUCAAGACUAUCGACAGGGUCUUUUACCUGGUGGCAGACACUGAAGAAGAUAUGAACAAGUGGGUGCGCAACAUCUGUGAUAUCUGUGGCUUCAACCCCACCGAUACUGAAGACUCCGCAAAGGUCUCUCAUCAUGUAAAUGUGCCAGGAGGUCUGGUGGUGGAUAUGGCCCCUAGUGGAGGGCUGGGGGGAGCUUUAGGGGCGUCUGCAUUAGCCAAUCUCCCUCCUCCUUACCAGCCCGUCAGCAUCAGACAGCUGGGAUCAUCCUCCAGUCUAGAUGAGCCUCAGGACUACCUUUGGCUGCUCAACUGUGAGAGCAAAAAACCUGAGCCUAACAGUCUAGUUGCUCCUCUUUGUCUAGGGGAGGAGGAGCAGGGAUACCUGCUUUUGGAGGAGUGUGAGAGCCGGAGCGCUGCUCAUGACAGUCAGGCUCAUGGUGACUGCUCCAAGUCUACCUCCUCUGAACCUGACUGUAAUGACAACCUCCCUUCCCACUACACACCCACCUCCUCCACUUCCAAGCACGCCCCGGUCAAUGGUUUCUUUCCUACACAACAUCCCACUGGGCUCUACGAUUCUCCUCCCUCACGCGGGCAGUCGUUGUCGGCCGACUCGCAGGGCCUGUACCACCUGCCCCGAAGUUACUCUCAGGACACUGUGCUGCUGCCGAAAUCGGCGACCUCCCCUCCCAUUCCUGACGGUGAACCUGGUGAACUCUAUGUCUUUAACACGCCUGGUCGGAAACCCUCAUUAGAGGCCCAUUUGCGGAACUUGUCAGUUAGCUAUGAUAUUCCACCUACACCUGGAAGCAACUCCACCUACCAGGUUCCCCGAACAGCUGGAGUGGAGGCUGUUUCGGGGUCCACAGAGGUGGUUCCACCACCACGCCCACCAAAGCCUUCAGUGAGUGGGGGAUCAGUCCCACCUGAGCGAUCGCCCACAGACACUUAUGUGGUACCGCGGUCAGUGUCUGAGACCGAUGCGAAUUACUGCGUGCCGACAAGUGCAGGAGGGAACAAAGCACUCAGAAGCAACACCAUUGGUACGGUGGAUUCUUCACGCCUGCGUAAAGAUUACGGAUCUCAAGACUGCUAUGAUAUACCACGACCCUUCCCCUCAGAAAAAAGUUGCUCGUUUGAUUUUAAUGAAAGUUUCAACAACUAUUUUAAAAAUAAAGGCAUGAUGCCAGUAGGAGGUGUUUCUACAGAGGAAAUGGAUGAAAACUAUGUUCCCAUGAGCGUCCACUCUUUGUCACAUCAGCGCUCCGGCAGCCUAUCAGAACCUAUCCAGGAGCCCAACUACGUCCCCAUGACACCAGGCACGGUGGAGUUCUCUUCACUCGGAAAACAGGUGCCCCCUCCAGCCCACAUGGGCUUCAGGUCCAGUCCCAAGACCCCACCACGUAGACCGAUUCCUAUAUCCGAAUGCCAACCGCCACCCAUAGACCGCAACCUCAAACCUGAUCGUAAAGGUCAGAGCCCUAAAAUAAACAGAGCAGUCGGUCUUGAGCGGACUGACUCCCAAACCAUAGGUGAAUUCUCAAGACGGCGUAAGGUUAAGCCAGCCCCUUUGGAGAUCAAGCCUUUAUCUGAAUGGGAGGAGUAUACAGCACCGGUCCGAUCGCCCGUCACCAGGUCCUUCACGAGGGACCCUUCUAGGUUUACUGCGGCCCCCAGACCGUCCUCGGGGCAAAGCACUGCCUCCAGCAGCGACUCGGACGAGUGUGAUGAGAAUUAUGUAACCAUGCAGGCUAAUAUGUCUUCAGAUGAACCAAACAAGUUAGGAGCACCAAUGAAUGCUGAUGGAGGUGGCAGUCCCAUGGUGAAACCCAAAGGAGACAAGCAGGUGGAGUACCUAGACCUCGACUUAGACCCUGGGAAAUCAACUCCACCUCGAAAGAAGAAGAGUAACGGGACUGGUAUUUCUGCAUCAGACGAGCGUGUGGACUAUGUGCUGGUGGAUCAGCAGCGAACGCAAGCACUGAAAAGCACCCGUGAGGCCUGGAGUGAUGGACGGCAGUCGACAGAGGACACCCCCACCAAAGGGGCCAAAUGACAUCCAUCUCUUCUGCUUGGUCAGGACUCGUGGGAGACCCAGGAACGGAGGACACCGCACAAGCUCUGAACCUCCUAUCUGGCCCUCCACAUUUGAUUUUAGAUACAGCUGCCUGACAGCGUCUAGGUCACAGCUCCCAGAUCAGCUAGUUUACACUGCUUCCUGCUAGACGACAGCACCCACGCAGGGGAGAGCUGGUCCCAGGGAUCCUCACCAAUAAGCUGACAGACUCAAAAGUAUGGACACUGCACAGGGGCUGAAGAACUCGCCAAGCCGCUUCGGCUGAAAGCCCAGUGAAAAUGAUGCUAAACAGAAGCAGGUAUUAUUCAUACACACUGCCCACCACAUGUUUUUUUAUUUGGAUAUCAUUUUCUCCCAUUGUGGUAUCAAAGCACAUUAUUCCAAUGACUUGGGGUACAUCAGGUCUGUCCUCAAGUAAUGUUCCAUGUUCACAAAACUGCCAAGUCGAGGAUGUUUUAGAUGCCUAAAGCGUUCAUUUGUGUAUAGUUUCUUGAUAAUCUGAAACCAGUAGACAUCUAGGUUUCAAAAUGUUCCAUUAGUUUUCUUCUUUUGGCCUCAAGUGUAAUUUGGUAGUGCAAUCAAAAGGUGUUGAGUUUGCUUGAACUGCAAAUCUACUUAAGGUGACAGAGUUAGUUUGUUUAAAAAAAAAAAAAAAGAUUUUCGUUGGCGUUUAAGACAGCAGGCAGACUGUAUAAAGUGUUAUGUACAUGAAUAAAAGUGUCCUUUAUUUGUAUCUUAAUAUUCAGUGUGUUAAGGCUAAGAUGUGGAUUCUGCAGGAUAGAAGUCUACACGGUCUGAGAUGGUAUCAGAAACUAUGAAAUAUUAUCGGUGGAAUCAGGAACUGUGAUAGUUUUUAUUAGAGAAGAGAAUUCUCUGUUGUUGUUGUUGUUGUUUUGUGUGUGUUUUAUGUUUUUAUUUUGGCUCCUUUCUCUUUUUUUCAAAGCAAGGUAUCAAUUUACAGAAGCGCUGAGGUCAGGUACUCACUGAAAGGUUGAACAGAUUUCAUAUAUUUUAUUCUGCAGCUUUGGAUGACAUCUUAAGCGUUGCAGUUUGUAUGUUCUCGUAGAAACCUUAUGAAUUUGCUCACGAUGCAAGAUAUUAUUACAAAGGCUUUGUGCUGUAUGAGAUCAUGCCUUCGUGGAAAGGAGGAAAAGUCGGUCAAGUAGUUUCAGGUAUUUUAUUUUGUCUCUGUGUUGACUGGUCUAUCAAUGCGUUUUAUUGCCACUUCAAUAAUUUAUUUCAAAUAGAGUCCACGGCUCUUGAAGACUAAUUGCCUUACUGUUGCAACUUUAUUAUUUUUUUUCCAAAUGAUGUAAAUAUGAUCCGUUCACUGAUUUUUAGCUCAUGUCAGAACGCAUCUAUUCAGAAUACAUCAGCAUAGAAGUCUACUGUGUGUGUGUAAAAUAAAAAUAAAAAAGCUCUACUAACUACCGUUCUUAAGCCAAGAAGACAGCUGCGGUGUAUCAGAACAUCGGUGGCUUCUGCUGUAUAUAUCCAUACAGGCUCAUCAAGCAUGUCUUUAGAUUCAAAGCUGUGCCUAUAUUGUUUCCCGUCUACUCAAAUCCGUUUUUCUUUUGUCUUUUUUUUUUCUUUGAGUUCUCAGACCCUGAUGCUUUAUAUCUUUUUUAAUGAAUCUGAAAGAAAUGUACAUUUGAAAAUAAACUCAAUAAAAUGAUACUUCAGGA